UUCUGUUCACACUCGUUGCUCCCUCUCCAUUUGGUAUGGACGAUGACCAGUCUCCACUCCUUAUCCAAUUCUCUCUUUUUUUAUUUUUAUUUUGUCACUUUUUCAGCAGGGCAAGAACACCAGUCCGCUGAACCAGGACAGAAAAUGCUGCGUCACCUCUCACGCAUGUAUUUCAACCUCUCUCUUGUCGCAGCUUCUUCAAAAGCCCAACCAUUCCCUUCAUUCCCACACUCCUCUCUUCUUGCCCAUACUCACUCUCACACCCACACUUGCAGACUCAUCCCAAUGGAACCCCAAGGUACCAUCGUCUUCUCCACCGUUGGCCGCACUAAUUAUGGCUUUGACGUUUUCUCAAUCAAACUCCCUUCCCAUUUACACGACUCCAAAUUCUCUAAUUCCGACCAACACCGCCUUACUGACGGCACUUCCAUCAAUUUUAAUGCUCAAUUCAUCCACGCAGACGAUCAAGCCAUUGUCUUCGUCUCCGAAAGAAAUGGUUACGCCGGAAUUUACCUGUCCCGACCUGGAAUUCCCAAAUUGGAGCAGCUUCCAUCUGUUACGGAGAGCCCUUUCCAUGACCGACCAAUCAUCAAGCAUAACCGCCUCUACUUCGUGUCAGCUCAUGAACAGCCUGAUCAACCUUUUAGAAGUUGGAGUGCUCUUUACUCCGUCGAUCUUAAUCAUCAAAAGAAGAACGUUACUCGUUUGACUCCUCAUGGAGUUGUUGAUUACAGUCCCGCUAUUUCUCCUAGUGGGAAAUUCGUGGCUGUUGCAUCUUAUGGGUUUCGUCCUUGGGGCGGUGAAUUUCAUCACCUUAAUACGGAUAUAGUUGUUUUCAGAGAAAGUGAUCCGAAUAAACGAGUCGUGGUUUGUGAAAGUGGUGGAUGGCCCACCUGGUCAGAUGACUCGACGAUUUAUUUCCACCGCCAAGCUGAUGAUGGAUGGUGGAGCAUUUUCCAGGUAAAUUUCCCUGAAGAGGUGAACUUCUCCGGCUUUCCCAACGCUGCUCUGCGGGUUACUCCGCCAGGGGUACACUGCUUUACUCCUGCGGCCUUCCACGAUGGUAAAAGAAUUGCCGUAGCGACUCGGCGGCGCAACAAGAAUUAUAGGCAUAUCGAGAUAUUUGAUCUUGCAUCAAGGACCUUUUCUCCGGUGACAGAAUCACUGAAUCCGGGUUUCCAUCACUACAACCCCUUUGUUUCUCCAAACUCCUCUCUUCUCGGGUAUCAUCGGUUUAGAGGCGAAUCAUCCCCCGGCGACUCAACUAUCCCAAAUCUCGAACCGAUUAUGUCUCCAAUCAAAGAUAUAAGGAUGUUGAGAAUCGACGGAUCAUUUCCGUCAUUUUCCCCGGCCGGUGAUUUCAUAGCCUUUAAUCCCAACUUUGAUGUGAAUGGGGGUUUAAAAAUCAUUAAAGCGGAUGGUUCAAAGCGAUGGAUCUUACUCAAGAACCGUGUAGCCUUCUAUAACUCGUGGAGUCCAACUGAGAACGCCAUCUUCACAUCUCUGGGCCCAAUCUUCGAGUCAGUGGAAAAAACGGUGCAGAUUGCACGUGUGACAUUUGACCCUUCGUAUCUAAACAGUGAUCGCGAAGAAAUCCCAUGGGACGUUAAAAUCCUGACGGGAGAGGACACAGGCAAUAACGCCUUCCCGUCAUGCUCGCCAGAUGGCAAGUCCCUUGUGUUCCGAUCUGGCCGAUCUGGCCACAAAAACCUGUAUAUAAUUGACGCUGUUAACGGAGAGUUCAACGGUGGCAUACGACGAUUAACGGAGGGACCUUGGAUUGAUACUAUGCCUAGCUGGUCACCUAGGGGAGACCUCAUUGCAUUUUCUUCAAAUAGACACAAUCCGGAAAAUACCAGUGCGUUUAGCAUCUACGUCAUAAAACCAGACGGCUCCGAUCUGAAGAGGAUCCACGUGGCAGGAUCAGCUGGGUCAAGUGAGGUGGACAGGGAAAGGAUAAACCACGUGUGUUUCAGCAAGGAUGGAGAAUGGCUAUUGUUCACGGCUAAUCUCGGUGGCGUUACGGCUGAGCCAGUGUCGUGGCCCAAUCAAUAUCAGCCAUAUGGAGAUCUGUAUUUGAUCAGGUUGGAUGGGACGGGACUGAGGAGGCUGACAUGUAAUGGAUACGAGAAUGGGACGCCAGCCUGGCACUGUGGGAACAGGUUGGACUUGGGGCACUUGCGCUUGGACGAGAAUGUUGUUGGGGAUAAGCUGACGGGGAAGUUCGAUGAACCACUGUGGCUGACCUGUGAAAUCUAAAUCCAAUGAUGGAAUUUGAUGGGGUGGUUUAUUAGACUGAUGUUAAUAACUGGCCACGGUCAUGAAAUCAGAUUGUGUGUGGUGUGUUUCAUGUAAGAAGUUGUGGUUCAUAUGAAUAAGAAAUGUAUUUGAAAUAAAGUGUGAUAGUUAUUUUUCAA